GUUGAUGCUAAUGUAUUGGAACAAGACAUCGAUCCUUCAGCAGAACACAUGGCUAUUCCAACGACUGCUGGGGUCGAUAUUGGUUUAAUUGUGGCUCAUACUUGAAAGUUUCCCACAAGAUUGAUUGAAAAGUUGUUGACAAAGACUAAGAAUUUGGAUAUAAGUACCAAAAAUAUUGUGUUACUUUUCAAAUGUGAUCGUAAGAAAUUAAAAAUAACUCUGUAGACUGUUGCUAGUACGCAGAUUAGACAUUAGAAUUUAUAAUCAGGAUCAAUAAGUCUGCAGUCUAGAUGUGAAAAACCUCGAGAAGAUUAGACCGCCAUUUUGAAGAAAAUGAGGCGGUGGUCAAAAUUAAACUUCUUGGAUUAUUAAAUAAACAAAAACUAGAGCAAAAAGGAAAAUUUUAAGCAAUUUCAAAAAAUGGGGACCGUACUAUCUUUUUCACCAAGGCCGAGGAAGCCUUUGUACGAGGAAAUUAAUCUAAAUAACUUUAAUUAUGAAAUUCUCAACAACACAAAAAACCAGACGAACAAUAACAAGGAUGUGAAAGAUAAAAGUUUCAAAAGACAUACGAUAUUUCUAAGCGGACUAAGUUGGAAGAAAUUCACGGUAAAUGGAAGUAAAAAGAAAGAUAAAAAUAUAUUCAAACAUUCCGCGGUUGGGUGUUUGCCGGGAAAAGUCGACAACAACUGCAACAUUGAAAACAUAAAUAUCAACAAGAAUAUACAGAAGUCCGUCUCCUGUUAUAAUCUAAAGGCGCCGGAAACACAGCUUCAAAACCUAAGAUUGAACAAUAAUGACGUUAAUGUAAAUAACAAUAUCAACAAUAACCUGAAAAGUAUAAAUGGAGUCGGUAAACCAGAAAUUCAGUUAGUGAAAAAAGUUGACAAAAGCACAAGCCCCAGGAAGACCGUGAUCCAAGCGUCUACGUCCGAGUUAUUGAAGAGCUUAGGCGAGUUUUUGUACCGACGUUGUAAAAAAUUAAAGCAUUUUGAAGGUAUGGAUGCGAUUGUAUGGCUACGCACUGUAGAUCGCUCCCUUCUUCUUCAAGGUUGGCAAGACAUUGCUUUCGUUAAUCCGGCAAACGUUGUGUUUGUUUAUAUGUUGGUGCGAGAUAUGGUCUCAACUGAAAUGGAUGAUGAAAAUGAGCUACAAGCGACGGUUUUAACCUGUCUAUAUCUAUCCUACAGCUACAUGGGGAACGAAAUCAGCUACCCUCUCAAACCAUUCCUAGUAGAGGACAAUAGAGACAUUUUCUGGGAUAGAUGUUUACAGAUAAUAAACACACAGAGCGGAAAUAUGUUGAAAAUAAACAGCGAUCCAAGUUUUUUCACGGAAGUGUUCACAGAACUGAAAAGUUAUUCCCCACUUAUAUGCUAGCUGGCAUAUACUAAGAAGGAUUUUACCGGUGGAAAAAAUGACAUGAGACAGUUUACAAAGACCUCUAGCAUUACUAAACUUUAUUCCUGUUUACACGUGCAUGUUACUUAGAAAUGUUACAAUAAAAAAUCUUGAACGUGAUUUCAAACGUUUUCGUGCCAAUACAUGUAUAUUUGUUGUGAUAGAUUUACAACAGUUUUCAUUUUUACAUGAUUUCAUCUUUUUCUAUGGAAGGUAGACUGCGUCAAAAUUGUUGCUUUUCUUCAUAUCUUGUACUUUAUUGUUGAGGUAUAUGUGUCGCUAUCACGUGAAUUUAAAGCAUUAUGUGAAUUUUAGAUAUGGUCGUACGAACAUAGUGAUAUUUUAGAUAAGCUCUGUACAUUGUAGCUAUUCAUUGUUACCAAAAUUAAUUACUUUUUAACUGUAGUCUAUGCGUAAGAUAUCAAAGAGUAUUGAUAGAUCUAAAAUAUGUACCUCACUAAAAAAAAGAAAAAUAUAAUAAAAGGAGGUUAUCAUUCUUUAAUUCAAUACCCGGUAUUUCUACUAGUAAACAAUGUGUGUUAAGCUUACAGACAUUUCAAUUAAUUUACCCUUUCAUAUGUCUCUAUUUAGAGGUUUACAAAGAACAUGCAGCUUUGUACCUAAUAUCGUGGUGUGUUUCCCCAGUGUUAUCAAGUUCAUAUUAGCUGUGGUCUUUCAUCGAUCCAUGCUCAUUUAUUAUCUAUAUUAUUGCUCGUAGAGCCGUGUAUGGCACUGUUAGAAUGUACACUAAUGCGAUAAAUCAACCAUCAAUGACUAAUCAACGAUCGAUUCGGGAAUGAAACAUUCAUGAACAGCUGGUAUUUGUAUCGAUUGAUUUUCUUAUUAUCAUAGGGUCUGUUUGAAUCGUGCUUUAAGCAAAUUGUCAUUAAAUGCGACAUGUUUCAGACUUUGAAAUGAAUUUGAUAUCUGGUUUUUUCUCAAACUGCAUUUUAAAACAUAACUUUUAAUAAACAAGUGAAAUGUUGGUAAAAAUAACAUAACUUAAAGUGAUUCUGUUCCAGAAAGGAAAUUUAUUUGCAUAGAUUAUUUGUCAAUGCUUGUGAAUGAAAUACGAAGUGAAAAAUUAAAGUUAAAUACAUGUAAAUAAUCAAUAAAGCUCUGAUAGACUUUUUAUUUUUCAAAUGACGAUUGACAAUGUUGAAUUUGUUCAGAUAAGUGGUUUGCAGAUGAGAUUUUUUUGUGGGAUUUUGUGCAAUAUGAUAGAAUCAUUUUUUUGUAACAAAUGCUUACAUGUUAUGUUGUUAUGUGUACAUGUAUGGUCAGUACUGACCUAAAAUCUGUAGAUAUAUAGAACCUUCUUUCCAUUCUUUCAAUCUUUGAAAAAUAAGGGUUUGUGUUUCUUUUCGCGACUUUCGAAAUAUAAACGUGUGUGCGAAAAGGAAUGUUUUCGAUGUAUUGAAUCCAUGAACAUAUUUGUCCGUGGAUCGGUCGGAAUUAAUUGUACAUAACAAUACUAGUAAUAAUCAUUUUGUGUUUGACAUUGUUGAAAUCAUUUAAUAGGAUCAAAAUGUAUCUAUUUCUAGUCAAAGGAGACCUUUUUGUAUCGGCACUAAUCAUUUGAAUACCUUAGAAACAUAGAAGAUAUUCAGUAAAUUGAAAGGUUUUUAAAUGUUAGUAAUACUUUCAUUACAAUAACGUUUAGGUAAGAGUUUAAACAAUAAAAGUAAAUCUAAAUAAUAAAAUAAGUUUAAGAGCUGUCGAUUUGUUCUCUGUGUGUCUUGACUGUUCUUAAGGCCAAGGACCCAUUUAACUCGGAAUAGGUAUACAUUUUUAGGAAUCUGGCGCUGGAUCUACCUCGAUUGGAAAGGUGCAAUGUACGCAUUUUAAUAACUAUAUAUAUAUGGGUCGAUUUCUGUGACAAGAGUGCAAAAUUUUGUAUUUUGUUUAUUUUAGUAAGUCAAAAUUUGACGGGCUUCUGUAAAAUAUUAGUUUAUUCAAAUAUAUUCCACUUGGCUAUAAGCCUACGGUGGCACACAUAUACAUAAUAUAAACGAACAGUGGUGAUAUAUGGGGAAGUAAAUAUAUAUGCGAAAAAAAUGUUUCCGUGAAUACCUAACAAACUUAAUGCAACGCAAUAAGCAUUCCAUCCAGAAAUCCUCGCGUAAUCGAUUAUCGUACUUUUAACGGAAAUCACCGAAAAGCAACGGGCGUUCUUUAGCUAUGAUUAAAAUUAGAUUCAAAAUAUAUUCAUGCAGUUAGUAAAAAUAUACUGCUAGCUGUCUUGAAAAAAAAAAGAGUUUAAUUUAUUCCAGUCUAAUAUUUUACGGAAAAGCGUACUUGCGUAACUUUGUUCAUCGAAAGUAUUGAAUGUUCUACAAUUUAUUGUCUAUAGAUUCUAAUUGUUUUUUUUUUAACAUUUUCUAUUGUAAAUUAUUUAUGCUGUUAAAAUGUUAGUUAAUGUUAACGAAAUCAGUUUAACUAAUGGCUGAGGCACUACUCUGCCAUAUUUGCUAUUAAUUGUAUAACGCCACAGUCAAUUGUUGAAAUAAAUGUAGAACAUUGAA